UGAAGACGAUAUUUAUUGAGUGUUGCGGGUGGUCUGCUGCUCCUCUUCCGCCCGCUCUCGUAUUUCACUCGGGUUAAAUCAUCAUUAUCAUCAUCAUCAUCUUCCAUUAUCAAAUCCAGCAACACUUGAGAUUUACGCGGCAGCAGCAUCCGGAACACAUAUAAGAAGUCAUGUAAUAUAGCUCAUGUUUGGGGAAGUGUGUCAGUGUUGCCGCUCCGCUGUGGUUCAGUCACGAACAGCACCAAUAUACGUGUGAUUUACACCCGACAACAUGGAGCCCAAACCCGACUGCUGCGCUUCAUCAGUGCCCAACUCGCAGUGUGAUCUGAAGGUGAAUAUCUACGAGACCAUCAGUGAGGGUUACGUGAAUAAACUGGAGAGCACGGCCCUGGUGCAGGGGGGCAGUGACCCGAGCUCAUACCCUUCAUCCAAACACCCAGUGGAUGCCCGGAACAGGUUCAUUCACAGAAGUCUGUGGUUCAGUGACAACGACGAGCACCCGGUGGACAAUUGCAUUCCGGAAUGCGACGAGCGGAAUAAGAUGCUCAGCAUCAACCUAUGGACAAUAUUGGAUCGAACUCUGGGGGUCCGAUCUGGUUUACAAGAAGGUUCAAGCACCAAGAGCCAGAAAGACCCAGACGGCACCAGCGCCGAUGAGGAGAAAGAGAGAACGGACCUCAAAAUGGACGUGUUGGAUGGAGUUAAGACUAGCAUUAAGGCGGCCAGCGAGGAGAAUGAGGAAGAGGCAGAGAUGGAGGCUGUUGCCACCUCUCCAGGAGGACGCUUUCUCAAGUUUGACAUCGAGAUCGGCCGUGGCUCCUUCAAGACGGUCUACAAGGGUCUGGACACAGACACCUGGGUGGAGGUGGCCUGGUGUGAACUUCAGGACCGUAAGCUGACAAAGGUGGAGCGGCAGCGGUUUAAAGAUGAGGCCGAAAUGUUAAAGUGGCUUCAGCACCCAAACAUCGUGCGCUUCUAUGACUUCUGGGAGUCGCCGCUGAAGGGGAAGAAAUGCAUCGUACUGGUGACAGAGCUCAUGACAUCCGGCACGCUGAAAACUUAUCUGAAGCGCUUUAAGGUGAUGAAACCCAAGGUUUUGCGGAGCUGGUGCCGUCAGAUUCUCAAAGGACUGCACUUCCUGCACACACGCACACCUCCUAUCAUCCACCGUGACCUGAAGUGUGAUAACAUCUUCAUCACGGGCCCCACCGGCAGCGUCAAGAUCGGGGAUCUGGGUCUGGCUACGCUCAAAAGAGCCUCCUUUGCCAAGAGCGUCAUUGGUACCCCAGAGUUUAUGGCUCCAGAGAUGUAUGAAGAGCAUUAUGAUGAGUCUGUAGACGUCUACGCCUUUGGCAUGUGCAUGCUGGAGAUGGCCACGUCUGAAUAUCCAUACUCAGAGUGCCAGAACGCCGCUCAGAUCUACCGCAAAGUAACCAGUGGGGUGAAGCCUGCCAGUUAUAACAAGGUGCUGGAUCCAGAGGUCAAAGAAAUCAUCGGAGAGUGUAUUUGUCAGAAUAAGGAGGAGCGUUACUCCAUCAAGGACCUGUUGAACCAUGCGUUCUUUGCGGAGGACACGGGUGUGAGGGUGGAGUUAGCUGAGGAGGACGAUGGGAGACAAACGUCCAUUGCACUGAAGCUGUGGGUGGAGGACCCGCGCAGACUGAAGGGCAAGUACAGGGAUGGAGGCGCUAUAGAGUUCACCUUUGACCUGGACAAAGAGGUUCCUGAGGCUGUAGCACAGGAGAUGGUUGAGUCUGGUUUCUUCCACGAGAGUGAUGCAAAGAUUGUGGGCAAGUCUAUUCGGGACAGGGUGGCCCUGAUCAAGUGGCGUAGGGAGAGGAUGGUGCCCAGGGGUCCACAGGGUGGUACUGCCCAGUCGAUGCCAGGUGGAACCGUACCCAUCUUCUUUGAACCACCUUGUCUAAUGGGUCCUGAGGAGCCGGAAGUGGACCAGCAUGCCAAAGUGUGCCAACUCAGUGCCAAGACCACCUCCACCACAUCUGACAGUGGCAUUGGUUCAACCGUGUAUUCUGACUCCCAUAGCAGCGGACUGCACAGUAUUGAAUACCAAUCAUUACAGGAGACUGUCUCUAUGGCAACCGAGGAGUCUGGUGUAUUGAGGCUCCAGAGCGAGACAGCACUUUCCACAACUCAGCAUGUGCAGUCGUCUCAGAGUUACCCUCCUGCACCCUCUGAGAACCUUGCUGUGCAGUCUUGCUGUGCGACCCCCGGCAAGACCAUGUCCGCCACCCAACAGCUUGCGACACUGCAUGGUCUAGCGACUGCACCGCACAUGUUAGAUCCUCAGAACCAAGCAUCACCUUGUCAGGAUGCAGAUCCAAACAUGCAAGCCAAGCUGCCUGCAGUGUCCUAUCAGCCUGUGUCUGCGCCACAGAGCGUUGCUUCUCAGAGUUACCAACCUGCCAGUCCUCAAACAUUUCCACUUGUGCAGAAAACUGCAGCCACAUCUGCACAUAGUUUUCCAACUAAAACAGAAGUAGUGCUGCCUACAGAACAGAGUUUUCAUAGCGGAGCAUCCAGCAUGCUGCAUAUCUCAUCUGCAUCAGCACCAGUGCAGCCUCAACAAACACCCGCGAUGCAACAUUUGCAGCAACAACCUGCGAAUGCAACAACACAUGGGCAACUAUCAGAUUUGUCAAAUAUGCAACAAACUGCUCCUGUGCAGCUAAACCAGACAAGCUAUGCACCACCUGUCCAACAGGCAUCCUUGGCCAGCCAACACAAAACUGUUCAAGUGGACCAGAACACUUUCAACAGCUCAGAUCAUGUCAAUGCCCCUCAGAUGAUGUCACAGCUAACUCAAACUGCCACCCAGAAUGCUACUAUCCUACUGUCCAAUUCCACCCAUAAUGCACCCCAGUCAACCCCUCAGCCGCCCACUGUAGUCUUCAGGCCUGUCCUCGACACAUUCAGCGCUGCAGUGCCUCUGGACCAAAACCAGGAUCCUCAGCUCAUGAUCCAAGCACCUGCCCCUUUACUCACCGGCCAACGUUCUGUUGCCAGUGCUGGUCUGAGUCAGCAAAGCCAAGUGGGCAGCAGUGGUCUGACUCAAACAAUGCAGCAGCACAGCACUAAUGCAAGUGGAGGGGGAACUUCUGCAGCUGAAGUGUCUACUGAGGAAUUUGCUCUGGAUAAGCAGGCAGAACCAGCGGGGUCCACCUAUGACAGUGUGAACUCUGAUGCCACGUCUGGUAAAGAGAUGAGUGAUGGGAACGAGGUCUCAAACAGAGCUCGUAGUGAAUCCAGAGUCCGAAAACAUCAUCGCAAAUCCUCACGCGCACGCUCACGACAAUACAAGAUCAACAGACCCAAACUCACCAUGAUCAAAGUGUGUGAUACAGGAGAUAAGAUGGUGGAGUGUCAGCUGGAGACUCAUAACCACAAGAUGGUGACCUUCAAAUUUGACCUGGACGGAGAUGCUCCAGAGGAGAUCGCCACAUAUAUGGUGGAGAAUGAGUUCAUCCUGUUGUUAGAGAGGGAGAUGUUCAUUGAGCAGCUGAAGGACAUCAUGGAUAAAGCUGAGGACAUUCUGAGUGAAGAUGCAGAGGGAGAGAAGAGCUCCAUCCAGACGUCACCCCUCCAUCAGACACCCGUCGCUGGAGCCUCUGACUCACAGGGAGCAAAUCCUCAGCAAACCCAGUGUGACCAGCUAGUUUAUAAACAGAACGUGCUUCACACAGGAAAACGCUGGUUCAUCAUCUGUCCUGUGGCCGAGACACCCACAUCUGACAGAGAACACACAGCCAAGAAACCAGAGAGUUCCUCGAUAAAUCAAGCACAUGAUGUCAACACAGUCAGUGCAAAACCUCUGCAGAAACAUCCAUCUCUGCUGCAACCAACCCUCUCUGAGCACGCUCAGUCAGCAGACGGCCCUCAGCCUGUGUGUUCGGGCGUUUGUAUGGUUUCUGACAUCCCAUGUUGCCCCAUUGUGCCUCCUGUAUCCCUGGAUGUCACCCAGAAAGUAGACGAGGCCCUUCACCAGCCAGUAACCCACAACAACAGCCCCAGUGCAGAGCCGCCCGGGAGCCACACCCAACCUGUGGUACUGCAGCAGCCUUUUGCCACGCCCACUCCACAAGUGUCUGUUACCAGUGCCCAAUCACAGCCUCAGAGCCCCGCCAAUCAGCCCCAACAAACUCUGCCCUCCACAUCACAGGGGCCACUAGGGGCUGUGCCAUGCGAAUCAGACGGGGAGGGGCCACCGCAACUCGAGUUUACAGACAGAACAAUAAAGACUUUAGAUGAGAAACUACGCAAUCUGUUGUACCAGGAGUACCACCCCUCACAAACCAUGAGCUCUGCCUCCGACCCGCCUGGAUCACCUCUGCUGUCAGACAGCCAAGGCAGUGACGGCACUGCGAAGAGAGGAGAGAAACUGCCUCAGAUUCCAGAGAGAUCUGAUAGUCUGGGCACUUUAAGUGACUCUGCUGUUGCCCCUGUCAAGAGACUCUUGAGCAGAAAAGUCUCUGGAGCCAGUUCUGCUGCACACACAUCCAAGAAUAACUUCCAGAGCUCCUGCAGUUCUCAUGAUGGUGGCACAGAUCAUGUGAUGAAUGAUUGUACAGCAGUUUUGGCAGCAGAGAACACACACAGAUCCACAUCACACAGCAACAGAUACUCCACACCGCCUGACUUUUAUCAGGACACGUCUGCUUCAUUUCCAGAGGCCAGGCCAACGAUUGCUUGCAUGCAGAGUUCAGUGUCAGCUGACGGGAACGUGGCACAGGGGCUGUGCCUCUCCUCUGAUACGGGUGAGGAGGAUCAGAGCGCGCUUCCACCCCUCAAACCAUCAUCAGAGUACAGCGGCAGUGACUUCAUGAAGCAGGCGGUGGCUUUCCUACGGCACUCGAGUCAUGUGCAGAGCUCUGAUUUGCCCAGCUGUCCUCUGGCAAAUGGGCACGCCUCAUCAGUUGGCACCCACUCUGCUUACAUGAGCAGCGAUAAUGACUCUGAGUUUGAGGAUCCAGAUAUGAAACAAGAGCUGCAGAAACUCAGAGAGAAGCAUAUGAAGGAGAUCUCGGAGCUUCAGGCUCUUCAGAGAGGAGAGAUCGAGCAGUUGUAUUCUCGCUUGGGUCGUCCUGUGCCGCCCAGUGUGGGUUUUCUGCAUGCCUUGCCUCCUUCAGGCCGACGCCCCAGGGCCUCCAAACACAAGCUGAAAGGAAGCCGACAGCUCAAUCCCAUGGUGCAACAGCUCAAGAACACCUGGAACAACAGCUCAACUGAGACAUGCUCCAGUGUUUCGGGUUCUCCAACCAAAAGUUCAGUUCUGGAUGACAGUUCUGUGGGCUCCAGCACUGCCACACUGAGUCCUGUAUCAGAACCACUAGAGCUGGUCCAAACCCAACAGCCCUGCUCACUGAAAAGCUCUCUGUCCUCAGAAAACAUCUACAGCCCCAACACACAAGGCUGGACCGUUUACCACCAAACAUCUGAGCGAGUCACCUAUAAAUCUAGUAGCAAACCAUGCACUAGAUUCCUCAGUGGACCCGUGUCUUUGUCCAUCUGGUCCACUCUCAAACGACUCUGUCUAGGCAAAGAGCGCAGCAGUAGGUCUCAACGUACUGGUGCCGCCCACUUGACAUCAGCAUCCAAUCAACACUCACCUGCUAUCGCCAUGCCUGCUGCAUCCCCUCAGCCAAUCACAACACUCGUUCAGGCUCAGACCAACAACAGCAACAAUAAGACUGGUACAUUCACAGAUGACCUGCACAAGCUGGUUGAUGACUGGACGAAAGAAACGCUUGGCUCCGCCUCUCAGCCCCGCCCCUCCGCAAGUUGGAUCAGACAACAGAGAUCUCAUCAAAACUUCCAGACCAACCCUCCAAAGACCAGAGUCUCCAACCAGAUAAGGGGCUCGAUUCCUCAAGCAGCUGAGAAGUUUCAUCUGCCCCUCUCGUGUCCACUGUCAGCAGCUCUGGGUCCCAUUAUGCCUCAUGGCAUCACCAGCAACCCCUCCCCCAUCCUUCAGUGGGGCAGUUACCUGAUGCCCACUACCCCCUUCCCUGGAAUGAUGCCAACCGCAGUGUAUCCAAACCAGUGGUCCGGUUUGCCCAGUCCAGUGGGCAUGUUUGCCACAGCUGGUUUGGUAUCGUACCCUGGUAUGUCCAGCCCAGCACUGCAGGCGUUUCCUUUGGUGGUCAAAAGUCCAGACAACCCAGUGUGCCCCAGCAAAGCCAGGACUGCAUGAGAGCACCACCCUACAGGCCAGAAACUGCAACAAACACUGUUUAAUGCGUAAUGCUAAUCAAUGCAGCCGGAUAAUCAUGCUAACUCUACCACAACUGGUUACCGACACAAUCAGAAACUCAUGCGCCAAUGGCUGGAACAGAAUUG